GCAACGAAGAAUAUGACUGCGAAAUUCUAAUUGAUCGGAUAUCGAACAAGUUGCAUCUCAUUAUGUAAAAUUCACGGCACAAUGGUAUAUUCACACUACUUCACAAAAUAAAAUUCUACUUGUGCACGUACCAAUCGAUAUAUGAAUUAAUUUAACUUUCUGUAAUCAUAUUCUUCAUUAUGGAUCCUAUGAGAUGAACAGUUUAAAUUAUAGACGUGGGCCCGGAACGAACACAAAAAAUAAAAGGAUGGAGGGAUGAGGAACGUAAAGGAGCUGAUCCCCCAAGAAGCAGCCUCUGCCUCUAUAUAUCUUGGCUUUCAGUUAGAGUACGAAGCUCAUCACCACCUUUCCCCUUUCAUAGCCUUUUCUUCUUUAGCACCAAAACAAUGUUUCUAAGGCUGGGAAGUGCUAUGUCUCUCCUCUGUUUUGUUUUAACAAUUUUCACAAUGGCCACAAGCAGCACCACCGCUCUCCCCAUGUCAAAUGAGACAGACCGUCAAGCUUUGCUUGCUAUCAAGGAUUUGGUGCAAGGAGAUGCUUUUCCUGUUUUUCGUUCCUGGAAUCAUUCCAUCCACUUUUGCAAGUGGGAAGGAGUUACAUGCGGUCGUAAGCAUCAGCGCGUGACCAUUCUAGACUUAUCAUCCCGUGGGUUGGUGGGUUCUCUAUCCCCUCAUGUAGGGAACCUUACCUUCCUCAGGACGAUUGAUCUCGGCAACAACAAAUUCCAUGGAACCAUCCCGAAAGAAAUUGGAAGAUUGUUUCGACUUCAACAAGUUAUUCUUGCGAAGAAUUACUUUGGGGGCAAACUACCUACCAAUAUCACUGGUUGGUCGAACAUCAAAGAAAUAAACCUAUUCAAUAACAGACUAGGAGGUGAAAUGCCUGUUGGCGUGAGUUCUCUGUCUAGUCUCACACGACUGGUUCUUGGUCGAAACAACUUCAGAGGAUCAAUACCGGCCUCAUUCGGAAAUCUCUCUGCGCUGUCUAUGCUUUCUUUGGCGGAGAACAAGCUAGUCAGAACCAUUCCAUUCGAACUUGGACGACUUUUCAAAUUACAAAUUCUUGACCUGUCUUUUAACAACUUCACAGGUAUGGUUCCUACCCAGCUUUACAACAUAUCGUCACUCAGAGUUGUUUCUCUAGCCUUGAACCAAUUGUUUGGAACCCUCAUCCCAGAUCUUGGUUUGGCCCUUCCAAAGCUACAAGAAUUUUUGAUUAGUACAAACAACUUCUAUGGGCCUAUCCCGUCAUCAAUAGGCAAUGCUUCUAGACUUUCCAAGUUCGAUAUUACAGACAAUUCAUUUAACGGGCCUACACCAAAAAGUCUGGAAAACCUUAAUGAUCUUGAAAUAUUUGGGGCAUCUGGCAAUCCACUUGGAAGUAAUAGCGGGAAUGAAUUAGAUAACAUUAUGAAUACGUUCUCCAACUGUUCCAAUCUACGAGAGUUGAGUUUAAGUGCAAAUAACUUUAGUGGUUUGUUGGCCAAUUCCAUUGCAAAUCUCUCGAAAUUUCUGAGUUAUUUGGAUAUAACAGAGAACCAUAUAUCUGGAAGCAUACCUGUUGGGAUUGGGAACCUUAUGAACUUACAGAGUUUCAUGGUAGGUGAGAACACGCUUAGCGGUAGUAUUCCGGAAUCCAUUGGUAAACUCUCCAAGUUGGAACAAAUUUACAUGUACACAAAUAAGCUCUCAGGAAAAAUCCCAUCCUCCAUUGGAAACCUCAGCCAGCUAAGCAUCAUUUCCCUUGCUGAAAACAAGCUAGAGGAAAGGAUACCUGAUUCCUUGGGAAAUUGUAAACGUCUUGUAGGAAUUGAUCUCGGUUACAAUAAUCUCACCGGAACGAUACCUGGUCAAAUCUUCAGGCUUUCAGCCUUAUCUAUUGGUCUCUUCCUAGGUGGUAAUCAGCUAACAGGACCGAUACCAAUGCAAAUCGGUAACUUGAGAAAUCUCGGAAAGCUGGACUUAUCAGAAAACAAAUUAUUAGGAGGAAUCCCAGCAACUCUUAGCAGUUUCCAAGUGUUGGAACUCCUUUCUCUCGCUGGAAAUCAUUUUGAAGGUCCGAUUCCCGCAUCCCUCAAUCAACUGAAAGGUAUUCAAUUCCUAGAUUUGUCUCGCAAUAAUUUGUCCGGACAAAUUCCCAAGUUCUUUGGAGAGUUGACUUCACUUCAAAGUCUAAACCUGUCAUACAAUAUGUUGGAAGGUGAAGUUCCAAACGAUGGAUUGUUCAAGAAUAUUAGUGCUUUUUCAGUUUUCAAAAAUAGCAAGCUGUGCGGAGGAGUUAAAGAACUACAACUUCCAGCAUGUCCAGCAAAAGUAUUGCAGAAAAAGAAAGGACCUCUCAACAAUAAAGUGAUUAUACCGGUAAUCACUAUGUCGUUUGUUGUUGUGAUCCUACUCUGUGUCGCAACAAUUAUUUAUCGAAUCAGAAGGUCAAGAAGAGAAAUUUCUUCGGCCUUACCUUUCCAAAGGGAGUACCCGAAACUCUCUUAUGCAGAACUUCACCAAGCGACAAAUGGAUUCUCUUCUGACAACUUGAUAGGUGAGGGAAAAUAUGGUUCUAUUUUCAAAGGGAUUCUCAACUCUACUGGACAAACAAUUGCUGUGAAGGUAUUGAAACUUCAAGAACGUGGAGGGAAUAGGAGUUUCCAAGCAGAAUGUGAAGCACUCAAGAACAUUCGCCAUCGCAAUCUCGUCAAGAUAAUCACAUCUUGCUCAAGCAUCGAUUUUAAGCGCAAUGAUUUCAAGGCUUUAGUUUUCGAGUUCAUGGAAAACGGGUGCUUAGAUAGCUGGUUAUACCCAGAAUGUCUUCAUGAGCAACAGGGAACUGCGAGCUUGAACCUCAUUCAACGUUUAAACAUUGCCAUUGACGUUGGGUCUGCAUUGGAUUAUCUUCACUAUAAUUGCGAAGUAGCUAUCAUUCACCGCGACUUAAAGCCAAGCAACGUUCUUCUUGAUGUUGAUUUUUGUGCCCAUGUGAGUGACUUUGGUCUUGCAAAGAUUCUUUUACCAACUGCAUGUAGAUCAAACAAUCAACAACAAUCAAGUUCAACUGGCAUUGGAGGAACAAUUGGAUAUGUUGCUCCAGAAUAUGGUAUGGGCGAAGAGAUAUCAACACAAGGUGAUAUGUAUAGCUAUGGAGUGUUACUACUGGAAAUGUUCAUUGGAAAAAGUCCAACCGAUUGCAUGUUCCAUGACACUCUUAGCCUCUCUAGUUACACAAAAAGGUUUCUUCCAGACAAGGUAUUUGAGGUCGUCGAUCCCCAGAUCAUAUUGGAAGAAGAAAGGCAAACAAGUAGGACUAGGCAAACUGUCACACCAAGCACUAAUCAACUUGAAGUUUGCCUUGUCUCAGUCCUUCAAAUUGGUGUUUUAUGUUGUGCUGCACGGCCCAAUGAGAGAAUGAAUGCUAGAGACGUCCUUGCGGAACUGCACAAGAUUAGAAAUGUAUUUCUCGGGGCGAGGGAACAAGGGCAGCAACAUGGUUAGGCCAAAUGAUUCUUAACUGAAGUUAUGCUUGUACGUAGCUUUUUUUGAUGUUUUAGAACUAAAUUCUCUUACUCU